AUGCAAAAGCAAGCGGUGCCAAAGACUUCGGCAGCAACAGCUGCGACCGCUGCAUCAGCAGCAGCUGAUGAUCCUAAUGUAGUUCCUCCACCCGGCGGUACCCGCAAUCAAUUACGUCCUGUCAUUUCAUUUGCCGAUAGUUUCGCCUGUACAUACAUUGUGUCAGUGGUUGGAGCGGCAAAUGCCGAACUUGUUACAUAUCCAUUGGAUUUGACAAAAACCCGCCUACAAAUACAAGGAGAAGCAACGAGUAAAAAUGUUGUUGCUGGAAAAGGUCAGGCGCCGGUUCAAUAUCGUGGUAUGAUGGCAACAGCGGCUGGCAUUGUCAAAGAAGAAGGCCCCCUCAAGUUAUGGCAAGGUGUUACUCCAGCCUUAUAUAGACACAUUGUAUAUAGUGGUGUACGAAUAUGUACUUACGAUUUUUUACGCAAAGAAUUGGGCAAAAACGAUAAAGGCCAAAAUGUAGCACUACCCCUGUGGAAAUCAGCACUGUGUGGUGUUUCCUCUGGCGGUCUGGCACAGUGGCUGGCCUCUCCAGCCGAUUUAGUUAAAGUACAAAUACAAAUGGAAGGUAAACGUCGCCUCAUGGGUGAGCCACCAAGAGUUCAUGGUGCUGCUCAUGCCUUCCGCGAGAUUGUUCGUCGUGGUGGUAUCAAGGGUCUGUGGAAAGGCAGUAUACCGAAUGUACAGCGUGCCGCUUUAGUUAAUUUAGGUGAUCUAACCACUUAUGAUACAAUUAAACAUAUGAUUAUGAAUAAAUUACACAUGCCCGAUUGUCAUACGGUUCACGUAUUGGCAUCAAUAUGUGCCGGCUUUGUUGCAGCAUUUUUGGGCACACCUGCCGAUGUGGUCAAAACAAGAGUUAUGAAUCAGCCGACAGAUGAAAAGGGCAGAGGACUAUUGUAUAAGGGUUCCAUAGACUGUCUACGCCAAACUGUCAACAAAGAAGGUUUUACGGCGCUCUAUAAAGGUUUCUUGCCCUGUUGGAUUCGCAUGGCCCCUUGGUCUCUGACAUUCUGGCUGUCGUUCGAACAAAUACGCACAAUGAUCGGAGCUUCUAGUUAUUAA